UUCGACAGGUAUUGCCAAAAGUGAUGCCAAGGUCAAAUUCAAAGAAGACAUAAGUUCAGAAGUCAAAGUUGACAUGGAGGUGACGCAACUACUUGAUGACAUCUUCACGACAAGAAGAAGAAAGUUCACUAUGGAAGUUCCAAAACCCAGCAAAACAAGAAACGGGAAGCCUAGGUCCAGGGGACAAGAUAAUGAGAUUGAAACGGAGUCCCAGGGAUCCAUCAGUUGUUCAACAUUGACUGGAAUUCAAGAUGUAACUGACCAAGAAGCAAGCCUUAGGACUUCAGCAGACUUCUUAGGAGGUGGUGCCAAAAAUGGAGAUCCACAAAAUUCACCAGUCACAAGUUCUGAUCGUACUAAAGUAAAGAAGACAGCCAUGGACACUGACUUCUCUUUCCUAGAUUCCAUUAUAGGAGAGAAACGAGUUAUAAAGAAAAAAGGAUUCGUCAACGAGAGGCAAAGAUAUGGGGCAGAAGAUGUGUCUGAUUCUGAGGAGCCCUUCCUGGAUUCCAUUAUCUACUCAAAGAGGAGGGAAUGGGAAAAAGACAGUUCAGUAGUAGACACUGAGCAAGACACCUCUUCUACAUAUGGUGGUAACUCAAGAGUCUGCAGCGAUAGUACUAGAAGCCCUUGGAAGAAAAAUCCUAAAACUCAACCACAAAAUAAGAACAACCAAAGCAUAGAUAGGCUUUCGUUUCUUGAUAACAUUGUGAGUGGAAAGAAGAAAGGGGAAAAAUCUGAGCGGGAAUUAGACGGAUCUAAAAAUGAUGAAAGUCACUCGGUAGCUUCAGAUGGAAGCCUGUCAUUCUUAGAUGACAUCAUAGGGGGCGCUGGUAGGAGAAAAACUUGUGGAAAGUGCAAGCUACAGUUCCAGAAAGUUGCAUGAAGAAGAGUCCAGUGUAGGCUCCAAUCAGGAAGACAAUUUCUCUUUUCUUGAUGAAAUCAUUCUCGGAUCCAGAAAGAAGAAGAAAUGACAUUGCCUGACUGUUUUAAAUCUUGGGGUAUUAGACAUUUUGUAAUACAUGUAGUUUUUUAUAAUUUGCAUUCAAUUUUAUGCAAGUUUGCAUUUUGUAUACUAGGUAUUACCUGUUCACCCAUGUGCAAUAGUUGCUAUUAAGUGUUCCAUUCCUUGGAUGUGCAAUAUAUCCCUACUUGUUACAAAUUUUAACUUUUACAAAUGUCUCAAAAUGUUAGGGAUACAUUUUACAGCCUGCCUUUAGGUAAUUUUUUGCAUUCCAAUUUUUAUGUACCAUUUUCCAAUUUUUAUGUACCAUUUUUUCAUCAAUGAACUACUAUAGAUAUAGAAAAUGUAUGAAUUGACUUUUGAUUGAAACUGUUCUUGGGUACAUUGUAAUUUGUAAAUACAUUAUUGUACAUGUC